CAAACUCCAGAACUGAGGUUUUGGUCUACUGCCAAAACUUUAAUCGUAUGAAGAGUGCAACAAAGAUUAAUAAAAUUCACAAACGAAUUUUGAGUUGCUCUUUUUCAAUCAUUUUGGGCACGGAAACUAGUUGGGAUGAAUCAGUCAGAAAUGAGGAAAUCUUUGGAAGCAUUUACAAUGUUUUUAGAGAUGACCGUGAUUAUCGCAUUUCAGAGAAAAAAUCAGGUGGUGGUGUUUUAAUUGCAGUCUCUGCAAAUUUAAAUGCUGAAAUCAUCCCAACCACAAAAUACAAAGAGUUUGAGCAUGUGUGGGUUAAAGUCUACAUUGCUGACGAAACGCAUAUUUUUGUUUCCGUUUAUUUUCCUCCGGAUAAUGCCAGGACAUCAACAUAUGAAAAGUUUUUCAAUACUGCAGAAAAUAUUAUCAGUGGCUUACCCCCGGAAGUAAAAGUACAUAUUUAUGGCGAUUUUAAUCAGCGUGACAUUGACUUUAUUGCAGAUAUUGACAAUGAGAGCAUUUUGCUCCCAAUUGUUGGUGAAAACGAAACGCUUCAGUUCAUUUGUGAUAAAUCAGCAAGCCUUGGGCUUAAUCAUAUUAAUCAUGUGAGAAAUCAGCAAGAUUGUUUUUUAGAUUUAUUAAUGACAAAUAUUGAUGAAGAUUUUUGUGUGGCAGAAUCACUGACCCCAUUAUGGAAAAAUGAAGUUUUUCACACAGCUCUUGAGUUUUCUAUAUUCGUAUAUGCCAACAACAGACCUGAUGAUUGUGAAUUUGAAGAAGUUUUUGACUAUCGUUCUGCUAACUAUGAAAGUUUGAGGAAAAAACUUAGUGAUAUUGAUUGGCAAACACUAUUGAGAAAUGAAGACAAUAUCGAUGUUGCAGUUGACAUAUUCUACGAGAAAAUGUUUGAGAUAAUACAGACUGAAGUACCAUUAAAAAAGAAAAGACGUCAUGGCAACUCAAAACAUCCUGUAUGGUUCAAUAAAGAAAUAAAAAAUUUAAAAAAUCGUGACAACGCAGAAAAAAUCUGCAAACUUUUUGCAACUUUUUUCCAAGAAGUUUAUACCACUUUUUCGGAAGAAGAUCGAGAGCGUGAAUACUUUUCAUUCAUUCCAGAAUAUUCAAGAGACAUUCGCGUUGAUCAAGUUAAAGUACAUGAAGUUACAGACGCUCUCAACAAUUUAGAUGCCUCUAAAGGACCUGGACCUGACGGGAUCCCACCUUUAUUUUUGAAGUCUUUGUCAAUGGAAUUGACGGCGCCAUUAUUUUGGCUUUUCAAUACUUCACUUAAAACAGGUAAUUUUCCAUCAACAUGGAAAAAGUCUUUCUUAAUACCCAUAUUCAAAAGCGGCAAGAAAUCUGACGUGCGUAACUACCGAGGUAUCGCUAUUAUUUCAUGCAUUCCCAAAUUGUUCGAAGCAAUAAUUAAUGGAAAUUUAUUUCAGCAAAUCAAAAACAGGAUAACUCAUAAUCAACAUGGCUUCUUCAAAGGGCGUUCUACCAGUACAAAUCUGGUGGAAUUCAUUAACUACUCAUUGAAUGCCAUGGAUAAUGGGAACUACGUAGAGGCUAUCUAUACAGAUUUCAGUAAAGCUUUUGACCGUAUCGAUAUACCCAUGCUACUCUUUAAAUUGGAAAAAAUAGGGUUCGAACCAGGUCUUCUUAAAUGGGUUGAAUCAUACCUCACGAAUCGUCAACAAAUAGUUAAAUUCAAAAGUGCUAAAUCAAGUCCAAUACAUGUAACUUCAGGAGUUCCUCAAGGAUCUCAUUUAGGCCCACUUUUGUUUAUCUUGUUUUUUUUUUUUUUUUUUUUUAUCUAGUUCAUUUAUUUGGGGCUCAAUCGCGUAUAACGCUUUACGGAGCCGAGGAUCUUUCUUUGUACUUAAUAGUAUACAUUAUACAGAGUAAUAACUUUUUAAUGAUAUCUGUUAGUAAUGGGUGGAAGCCAGGGUACUCGUGGCAGCUCGAGGUUAGAAGGUCACAUUUUGAGGGAUGGACAGGGUAAGGAUUGGGUCAAAGGUUUCACUGCUGCUCAUCCGGUGGUGAAU